AUGGCUUCUGUACAUCAGAAGCUUCGCGACUUUGUCAAAUACUUCUCCACAAAUUCCAGCUCCACUGAUCAAGUGGUCGAUACAUCCCUCAACCCUACCCCAACGGACUCUCCCAAUGACCCACUCAAUUGGUCACUGGGCAGAAAAUACUGGCAUUCAUUUCUUGUACUUUUUAUUGUCGGACUGACCGCCGCAACCUCCAAUGAUAUAUCACCGGCCCAGUAUGGCAUGAAUGAUGAGUUGGGCAUAUCAUGGGGCUCAAUGAACACGUCUUCUGGAAUUCUAUUUCUUGCCAUUGGCUAUGGAACGCUCCUUUUCUCGCCGAUUCCCGCCCUCUAUGGCCGGAGGGUAAUCUACAUUGUUUGUCUCCUCCUCUCAAUAAUUGGGUCCGUCUGGCUGGCCUGUACGCAGAAUACCCAAAGUGCUCUGUGGAACCAGUUAUUUGUUGGGGCAUCCGAAUCUUGUGCCGAAGCAACCGCCCAGCUUUCUCUUUCCGACUUGUUUUUCCAACAUCAGCGAGGAUCUGUCCUCGGUUUAUACAUCUUGGCCACCAGUGUGGGAACCUACUUGGGUCCCUUAAUAGCUGGUAUUAUUGCUGAUAAACUUGGCUGGAGAUGGAUUGGGUGGCUUGGAACAAUCCUUUCAGUUGCCACGCUGAUCGUUUUCUUUCUUGGAUUUGAGGAGACAUCAUUCGAUCGGACACCACAGAUUACGAUCUCUUCUCGAGCAGACGAUUCUUUGGCAGAGGUCCUUUCACCUAAGGAAGAAUCGGCCGAUAUUCCAAAGUUUUCGGGUGAAACACCAACAUCAAAAAAUACUGGUCACGAUAUAGAGCAUGGAAGCUGGCACCAGACUAGCCGUACUUGGAAAGCCUAUCUAUUUCCUCCUGCGCCGAAUGUGAAAGGAACUGGUACCAAGCAGUACUUCAAACUUUUGUUUCACAAUAUGAAAGUUUUCGCAUUACCAGCGGUCUGGUAUUCUGGCUUACAAUGGGGCGCACAAGAUGCCUGGUUGACAUUCUAUAUGACUAUUGAAGAAGACAACUGGGUUGAAUCUCCCUGGAACUACUCACAGGUAUCGGCUGCUCUGAUGAACGUCCCGACCCUCAUUGGCGCCAUAAUUGGAUGUCUGUAUGGAGGUUAUUUCUCCGACAUUUUUGUCCACUGGAUGGCAAAAAGAAACAAUGGAACCUACGAGGCUGAGCAUCGUUUAUGGCUGGUACUUCCAGCAGGAGUCGUCAGCCCAAUCGGACUUUUAAUUCUCGGAUUAGGUACAGAUCAGGGAUGGAAGUGGACAUGGCCUUACAUUGGUCUUGGGAUGAUCGGCUUCGGGUGGGGCUGUGCCGGAGAUCUCUCCAUGGCUUACUUGGAGGACGCCUAUCCGGAGAUUAUUCUCGAAGGCAUGGUCGGGGUCUCCGUCAUCAAUAACACUCUUGGGUGUAUUUUCUCAUUUGUUUGUCAAUCAUGGCUUGAUGUUCAAAGCGUUACUCACGUGUUUGUUGAGAUAUGCAUCAUCAGCUUCGUCAUUAUGGUGAUGACUACAGUCUUGAUGCUUUAUUGGGGCAAAAGAAUGAGGAAAUCCACGGAGAAUCGCUACAGAAACUUUUUGGUGGUUCGUGAUGCCAUAUUAUAG